AUGGAGGACAAAAAAGCUCAAGUAGUUGAAGAGCUUCAUAGGCCAGCACGUAGAAAUUAUAUUCGACGUCAUGUAGAUAUAAGAGGUCUCGAUGAAACGUGGCAAGCAGAUCUUGUUGAAAUGAUCCCUUAUUCAUCUGUCAAUAAUGGUAACAAAUAUUUACUUACAAUCAUAGAUACAUUUUCUAAAUAUGCUUGGGCAAUUCCUGUAAAAUCAAAAAAUGGUAAAGACGUCUCCAAUGCCAUGAUAUCUGUCCUAGUGCAAAAACGUCAUCCUCAGAAUUCGAUGUUCGAUCAGGCAUCAAUUGUUGAACGAUUUAAUCGUACAUUAAAAAAUCUCAUGUGGAAGAAGUUUACUCUUCAAGGUUCAUAUAAAUGGCAAAAAAUAUUACCAGAUAUAUUACAACAAUAUAAUAAUACAAAACAUCGAACAAUAAAAAUGAAGCCCCUAGAUGUUAAUUCAGCUAACGAGAAACAAAUAUUAAAAAACUUUAAUAAAAUGGAAGAAAAAGCACCAUUUUCACACUCUGAAAUGCAUCCACUUUGUAAAAAUUACGAUUGUGCCAUUGAAAAUGUAUACAAAAUGAAACAAUGGUUUGAAAAAAAUUUUCCAAGCAUCAAUACCGAAGAAGAUUUUGCCUGGAUACAACUUUUACAAAAAAGAAUAGUUAACAAUUAA